CCAGUGCGACGCAAGACGUCACUGGCUUGAACGGGAAGGUCAAUAGUAGUGGAGCGAGCGCCCGUUUUUCGCUUUGGGUUUCCGGCGCGUGCGCUUGGCGGUCUAGGUGCCGCGGAUCGUAGCCCGAUUCUAACCUCUGAUGCCUGUGUUUUAGCUCAGCCCCGGCGCCCACAUGCUGUGCCAGCUUGGCGGUAGGUGGCUGCGGCCGCUGCCUGCACUGCAGUUAGGAGUCCGGGUCCCGCCUCUUGCGCCAACCUCGACGGGCGGCAUUAAGCACUCUGCUCUGCCCGCUUGGGCGGUGGCGUCAGUCUCUGCAGUGGGCUCCGGCGGCCCUGGCAGCUGGUACGAGGCCCUGGCCACGUCGGCGCCGGUGCAGGGCGCGGAGGAGGUGCUACUCGGCGUGCACACCGCCACGGGCCUGCCCUGGUGGGCCUGCAUCGGCCUCACCACCGUGGCUCUGCGCGGCGCCGUCACUCUACCCCUGGCCGCCUAUCAGCACUACAUCCUGGCCAAGGUGGAAAAUUUGCAGCCAGAAAUAAAAAACAUUGCAAGGCAUCUUAACCAAGAAAUUGCAAUUCGUGCAAAUCAGUUGAAAUGGUCCAAAAGAGCUGCAAGACUCACUUAUCUAAAGAAUAUGCGGAGGCUUGUUUCAGAGCUGUAUGUUCGGGACAACUGCCACCCUUUCAAAGCCACUGUGUUGGUCUGGAUUCAGUUUCCAAUGUGGAUCUUCAUGUCCAUUGCCCUCCGGAAUUUUAGCACAGGAGCAACACAUUCAGAAGCAGGUUUUUCUGUUCAGGAACAGUUGGCCAAUGAUGGGAUCCUGUGGUUUCGUGACCUCACUGCACUAGAUUCCACUUGGAUUCUGCCUAUCUCUGUUGGUGUCAUCAAUUUACUAAUAGUGGAGAUUUUUGCUCUGCAAAAAACUGGAAUGUCUCGUUUUCAGACGUAUAUUACGUACUUCGUUCGUGCAGUAUCAGUGUUGAUGAUUCCAGUUGCUGCGACAGUACCUUCAUCCAUUGUCCUCUACUGGUUGUGCUCCAGCUUCAUGGGCCUUUCACAGAACUUGCUGCUGCGUUCUCCUAGGUUUCGCCGACUUUGCCGAAUACCAUUGACCAAGUCAGAUUCAGACACUCCUUAUAAGGACCUCUUUGCUGCCUUUUACGCCAAGUUCAUUUCAAGAACAUGAUAGGAUUUCCAGUAAUUUUGAAACAAUUGGAAGUAUAACUAUCACACUACAUUUAAGUUUAGAAAUUCAGAUGUGAUUUAAUUUGUCUUUAUUUAAAAUCAUGAAUUGUGUGAAGUACUGUGGGUUAAGAUAUAAUACAAAAGUAGAAUCAAAGUAUCUGGUUCUGCUUAUAAAAUUACAACUUGCUAGAGGUGCCAAAACUUUGGAAAACAGGAUUAGAUACUGAAUGAUGUUAAAUUACACUGACCAAUCUCCUACAUUAAAGUUUUUUAAAGUAAGAGAAUCCAGUGAGGUGAUUCUUAAAAUUUUGGUGGUGUGGAGGAUCAUAGACCCGUUUGUACAUCUGCUAAAGCUAUGGUUUUCUUUUCAGAGAAAUCCUGGAACUCACAAUAUGGGGGCCUUCAUUGACAACCCCUCUGCCCUACACCAAGGCUCUCUGGUGAUUUCCUGGUUGAGAACUCUUAUUCUCAUGGAACGUACAAUGAUGAGUUAAUGUGUGACUUUUAAAAAAUGGACUUAAGAUACAUACAGUAGAGUAGUCCAUACAAGAAAGUACCUAAUAUGGUAGGUGAUCUUGCCUUAAGACCUGCUCUGAAAGAAUACGAAACGGGUACAUUCCUUUUUCUAUAAUUUAAGACAUCUGGAAUAGAAUACAGCACUAAGUAUUGCUAGAGCCCAGAGUGGAAAAUCUUAAGCAUUAAGUUUAUUUAGUCAAAGGAAGAAAACUGGAAUGGUGGCUACCUAUUGUGGAUGUGAUUUUAUAAACUUUUUUAUUUGGAAGAUUAAGUACUCUAAUGGGUUUAUUAUGGUAGACAUAUAGGUGAAAUUAACAGGUAAUAUAAAUGGUAGAUCCAGUUGUUCGAUUUGAAAAGAUGAUAAAACUAAUUGUGGAAUAAUUUGACAGUUACUUAAGAAGGUGAUAAAUUGUAAGUUUUCAUUAAGUUGGAAUGCGAAUACAAUCCAAGAUGCCCUGCCAUCACAGCUCAUGUUUUACAAUAAAGUAAAAACUAAAGCAAAAUCAGUUCUUUCUUAAAUAAUGUCUAUUACGUCUUAGCCAUUUUGGUUGCCACCUAAUUGAGAAUUUAGAGGUAGCAUUUAGGAUCUGGUUUUCUUUUCUUGACUUCCCAGUCCUGGGUUGUGACUGCCCUAUUGAUGGAACUGUCUUUCUAAUCAUAGUGAAGGAAUUGAAACAUAUGUACAGUCAGUCCUCAUUAUUCACAGAUUUUGUAUUUGCCAAUUUGUCUACUCGCUAAAAUUUAUUUGUGACUCUCAAAUCAGUACAAUGCUUUUGAUGCCACAGAGUGGCAAAAAAAUUGAGUCAUUCGAGGUACAUGUUCCCAGCUGGGUCAAAUAAGGCAACACUGUGCCUUCUUGUUUCAGCUUUCAUACUAUAUAACCAAGUGUCCUUUACUUGGUCUAUUUAGUGCCAUGUUUUUUCUCAUUUUUGUGCUUUUUGUUGGUGAUUUCGCUAUUUAAAAUGGCCUCCAAGUGUUGUCAUACUGAAGUGCUGUCUAGGGGCGCCUGGGUGGCUCAGUCGGUUAAGCGUCUGACUUUUGCUCAGGUCAUGAUCUCGCAGUUCACGAGGUCGAGCCCCAUGUCAGGCUCUCUGCAGUUAGCAGGAGCCUGUUUCAGAUCCUCUUGUCUCCCUCUCUCUCUUCCCCUCCCCAUCUUGUAUGCUCGUGCUCUCUCCCUCUCUCUUUCCCUCUCCCUCCCUCCCUCCCUCCCUCACCUCUCUCAAAACUAAAUAGAUAUUUAAAAACAAGUCAGUCAAUCAAUGAAGUGCUGGCUGGUUUUCCCAAGCACAAGAAUGCUGUGAUGUUCCUUAAGGGGAAAAUACCUACAUUAAAUAAACUUCGUUCAGGCAUGAAUUAUGGUGCUUUGGCCAUGAGUUUACUGUUAAUGAAUCAGCAAUAUAUUUUAUUGAGUUGACAAAAACGAGUUGACAAAAACGUGACAAGAGGCUUGCGGGAACAUGACCCUUUUUUUUCUCUUGGAGCAAUGGUUUAUGUUCACUAAGUCAGUUUUUGUGGUAACUUUGUAGAAUAUAACAAGAAUUGACUUUCUGUAAUGUGCAAUCAAGGAAGCAGAGGAAGAAAUGGGUAUGCUAGUUGUAUUAUAGCAAAAAGAGGAAAGGGAGUUUGAAAUAUUGGAACAAGUUGACUCUUGCCAUGUGUAUCAUUGUGUACUGAUACAUACAUUUUUCUCAUAAUGGGGUGAAGGAAUUCAGCCCUCUUUCCCCAUCUUACUCUAAGAAGUUGUCACUUUCUGAAAGUAAGAAAUAAAGGAAUGCCGUAACUCCCUUUUCCAGUAGGUGAAUCUGCUUUCAUGAGCAUGCUUUUCCUUGUUUACUCUGAUUCCUCUUGAUUUCUAAAUAUAUACUUAACAUCUUUUUUCAUAUAGAUAGUGUACCUAGUUUCUUAUUGCUCUCCCAUUUUCAGACUUCUUGAAUUGCUGUUACAAUGUAUGUAAGUUUAUUUAAGAAUAUUUCUCCCAGAUCUCAAAAUAAUUUCUGAUAGGGUUGGAGGUAGCUGGGAUCUUGGAAAAUACUCAUGAAUAAAGAAAACUGAUAUAUUAUGAACAGAGUUGAAUCAGUCACCUGACUUCAGGCUGGUAAAUAUUCCUCUCAUUUCUUUCUCUAGGCAGAGUUGUUAGUAAAUAGCAAGUCCUAGUUCAGAAAAUUUCAUCUGUGGUCUUUGCUCUUACUUCCCCAGCAGUUUGUCAUAGUCUGGAGUGUUUCCAGAGCCUGAGGUCAGGGGAGGUGGGUACUGGAUGCACACAGAGGACACACAUGCUGUUAAGAUCCCUUGACAACUCCCUGUUGGAUGCUUCUCUGUCCUCUGCCGCUGAGGGACUGGCAGAGCUCUGUCCUGGACACUGCAGAGUUCAGGAAAUCUUUCUGUCUUUUCAGAUGGAGAGCAUAAUCUAUUUGUGUGUGUUACCCUUCCUCAUUUCUGGAAGUCAGUCUUCUUGUUUGUUUGUUUGUUUGUUUGUUUGUUUGUUUCAGGUGGGCCUUGUUUUUGUCUCUCGCCCAGAUUCACUUUUUUUUCUGGGUAUGACUCAGCCCAAGAGUUAGGAAAGAAGUCCUGGAUCUGUUUAUAUUAUACCAUGAUGAUACUGGAGAUCGGAAGUAUGUUAGGAGAUGGAACUGGCAUACCCAAAUAACUAAAUUAGUUUUCCCUGGAAUCUCUGUAAGAGAAAACCUGAACAGUCCUAUCUUGGCCAGAUGACAUAGGUAGGAAGAGGAGGCUCACUUAAGUUAAAGGCAAAAUCCUUGAUUGCCACCUUCACAGAUAACCCAGGAGAGGAUGGAGAGCAAACCUUUCUAGGUACAUUUAAGGUGCUCUAGGUACAUUUAACCUUUCUAGGUGCUCAAGAGCUAAAGACCAACCCUCCCCUCUCAGAAGAGGUACAGCUAGUUCUAGACUAUAUUGGGGAAAUUGUAGUUUCUGAGGAAAAGUGGGAAAAUGAGGGCCCACCUAAACCUUAGUAAUUUCUCUGUUGUGCAUGUAUGCUUCAUUCAUUCCGUGUGUCUUCAUAGGUUUCUCCUCUGAGGAUCCCAAGAAUCCCCCCGCCUUUUUUUUUUUUUUUUUUUUUUUUUUGA